UGUUCUUCCAAAACCCAGACGUCAAUUAUUAAAUUCAGAACAACAAAAUCAGUUUGAACGUAAAUUUGAUGAACUCACGGUUACAAAGCAAAAAGAGCAACCACCCUCGUACGGUAAACGGGUAGGAUGGAAACCAAGAAAUAUAGAUGACUUUGGAGACGGGGGUGCGUUUCCUGAAAUUCAUACAGCCCAAUAUCCGUUGGAGAUGGGUCGUAGCAAAACGGGCACAAGUGGUGGCGCUCUUUCGUUACAAGUCGACGCAGAAGGCAAUAUUAGAUAUGAUGCUAUUGCGAGACAAGGUCAUAUCGAAUCUCGAAUUGUUCAUUCACAAUUCAAAGAUUUGGUACCAGUUAAUCAAAGAUCUGACGUUGAACAAAUAACUUUGGAUAGGCCCAGUGAAGAUGAGGUAAAAGAAACCACUGAAAAGACGAGGGAAGCAUUGGAAAAGAUAGUACAAGGAAAAAAAAAGGCUGCGCAGCCAAAAAAUGUUAAGAGUGAUAAACCAUUAGAACCAACGUACAUACGGUAUACUCCUGGGCAACAAGGCGAGGCAUAUAAUUCAGGUGCAACGCAAAGAAUUAUUAGAAUGGUAGAAAUGCCUGUUGAUCCAAUGGAACCUCCAAAAUUUAAACACAAAAAAAUCCCGCGUGGCCCACCAUCACCACCAGCACCU